CAGAACAAAUGAGCAGCCGCCGCUCGACUCCCACCACAGAUGCUGAUAUUGGCACCACGGAGAGAGCUCAUUCAACGAGGAGUCAGAUUACAGGUGAGAGAAUCACCUCGCGCAGAGCCACAGCUGACGAUAAGAGGACAGAGCUGGGAGCUGCAAGAGAGAGAGACAGACUGAGAGCACAUGACCGAGAGUUCUUCUAAAGUAGGAUCUCACUGAGCGUUAGGAGCCAGUUGACACAGACAGCCACAAACACACAGAGCCACCAAGACAACACGAGAAAAUUACGGACCACAGUGUUGUGGAAGCUCGCAGUGUCACGGACGCUCUGUCAAACAUACAGAUGAGACGCUGCUGAGAACAUGGACUCACUCUUGAAGGCAGCGGUGUAUGGGGAUGCCACAGAUCUGGACGCGUGAGGACCAUGGAGAGCAUGUAUUUUGGUAAUCCAUGUCAGAGUGGACUGGUGCCAGGACUGGUUCGAGCUCCUCUGCCUGCUGUACCGCCCUCACUGGCCAUGAAACACUUCCUCCCGUUCGCUCUGGAUAGCGGCUCCACACUCAGACUCAUUCCCAGCUUCAGCACUAUGGACCCUGUUCAGAAAGCCGUUUUACAUCAUACGUUUGCAGUUCCCGCUGCCUCUAAAAGGAGAGCCUCCGCAUGCAGCAUGUGCCAGCUGAGGUUUAACUCACAGAGCCAGGCAGUGGCCCACUACAAAGGCACCAAACACGCCAAGAAGCUCAAGUCCUUGGAUGUCCCGAAAUGCCUCAAACAGAAGAGCUCUCUGGUCAGCAAGGAAAACACCAACAAGGAGCUGCAUGAAGGCCACUCUCUCUCGACGGUGGCCAACAACACUGAAGGAAAAAGUGUAUGUCCUAGAGAGCUUGUGGCCCCUUCAUCACCCUCUUUUCCCCUGAUGUCUGGCCCCGACACGGGCCCCACCGAAGCAGAGUCUACCUCAGUAUCAGGAGGGGAGGACGGCCCCUCCCUCACACCCAACACGCCUCCACCCGUGGAGCCCGAAUCCGAGCUGAAUGCAGAGACAGAAGAGGAAAAAUCUCUGCGUCUGCUAUACUGUUCCCUCUGUAAGGUGGCCGUGAACUCAGUAUCACAGUUGGAGGCACAUAAUAGUGGCACCAAGCACAAGACCAUGAUGGAGGCACGGAGUGGGAGUGGCUCCAUCAAAUCCUUUCCCAGGCCAGGACUCAAAAGCAAGCUUACUACACCCACUAAAGCAGACACGGGCCUGCAGAACAAGACAUUCCACUGUGAAACCUGCAACGUGCACGUCAAUUCAGAAACACAGCUCAAACAGCAUAUCAGCAGCAGACGCCACAAAGACAGAGCUGCAGGAAAACCAGCUAAACCCAAGUACAGUCCAUACCCCAAAACACAACGAGGACCCACCAAUCAGACACAGGUGAAGAUGCCGACUGUUAAAGAUUUGUGCCAACCCCUCACAACCAGGAUAAUGCCCUCUCACCUGGCAGCUGUCGCCGCAGCGGCCGCUGCUGUUGGCUCCACCUUUCCGUUGCGUGCCUGCCACAACCCUGCCCUCUUUCAGACUCAGUCCCUCCCCGCUGCACUGCUCCGUCCCACCCCUGGGCCAAUCAGGACUGCUCGCACGCCUGUACUGUUUGCCCCUUAUUGACUUUUGAACGAUGACCACUGGUGGACUUCAUGUGCUUGGAUCAUUGCCGCCGCCCCCGUCACCUCGCGCUGGGCACACUGACCGAAUCUAAUGCGUGAUUUCGCAAUAAUUUAAAAAUGAAACACAAACCAGGUAACUAUGCAUUGCUGUUUUCAUGUGACAUUGAUGUUAAGCUAUAAAUAAUGUGCUGAAUGUUUGAUUUUUACAUCAUCAUCAUUGGUUAAAAUACAAGACCAAUUGGGGAAUUCAAGAAUAAUUUGUGGACCGAUUGACAAAGUUGAGCAAAAUUCAGAAAUUAACAAUAUUCUCCCUUUUAAUUUGGUGACGCCCCACAGGAUGUUGAAUUGGAAUGAUAGAAAGAGGAAAAUACUGAAUAUCAUAAAACAUAAAUAGUUACACUGUUAAUUUGGAGUAAUUAAUAGAUAUGUAGAGUGCGUUUUUUUCCUCAGCUGAUUAAACAAGCUUAAACUACGUUCAAUGUUUAUUAUAUUUAUUAUGUAAUAAUUAAUAUAUAAAUUAAAUAUAAAAUAUUAAAACUGAAGUGUGUAACUUUUUCUGUUAAUAUACCUUUCCUUAUCCCUCUUUAAAAUGCAAAGACAACUUUAAGCCAUUAGUAGGUAAAGUUUCUGGAAAUCUGUAAACACUGUGUCCCUGUGGUGCUAUGAAAAUUCCUGGGGGUUCUCUCUUUUUAGCGAACCCUCCAUCCCAACACAACAACAUUGACUUAACCAAUGGCAUGAGUUUGGGGCGAGACUAUCUGUUUGUUCGAUUAACAGCAGACGGAGAGCAUGCGGAAAGUUUGAUUCAAUGUGGUAAAUGCUAAAUGCUCUGCACUUAUAUAGUGCUUUUUUUAACCUUAGAGGUUACCAAAGCACUUUACACUGUGUCCCAUUCACCCAUUCACACAUACUCAUACACCAUUGGCGGCAGAGCUGCCAUGCAAGGCGCUAGUCAUGCAAGGCUCUGCCAUUGGGAGCAACUUGGGGUUCAGUGUCUUGCCCAAGGACACUUAGGCAUGGAGUCGUGUGGGCCGAGAAUAGAUCCGCCAACCCUGCGAUUAGCAGCCGACCUGCUCUACCACCAAAUGGCACACUGCAGCUUUAAUAAUAUGUUUUUAAAUAAUAAUAUUUAAAUAAAUACAUUAUAAAAGGUUUAAUAAAUUAUAGCAUUCUGGGAAGUGUUCUUCCACCAUGCUCCGAAACAUUUAAAAAAAUAUAUACAAAUUGUAUUUAAAUGAAAUACAAUGUAAUGUAGGUAUCAUUUCAAACAUUUGUUGUUAAUGUAAUCUAAUGCGUAUGGAAAUGCCCCAUUUGUUGUGCAUGAAAGAGUUUUAUUGGGUAAUUCAUACUGGAAAAUGCAAUGCAUUAUGAACUACCUUUACAGCAGUUACAAUCAUUUCUUUCUUUACUACAUUAAAUUCAAUUGACAACUCUGUACCGUGCUUGUUACCUCAAUUCAAAUCAAAUUUAGAAAUUUAAAAAUGUUACAAUAAUUCUCAAUUCAACCAUGAAUGGCGCUCAACCCUGCUGACUGACUGAUGCUGAUUUUGGGGGUAAAAUGGGACUUUGUAUUUCUUUGCUGUUUUGCACUUUAAGUCCUUUCAGUUGUCGAUCUUCAGUGCUUUCCCGCUGUAUGUGUACUGUACCAGUUUGUGUAUGUGUGCAGGAGGUUGGGGAAAAUACGUGGGUGAUUUCCAAAGUAGUAGUAGUCCUACUGAUUCAUGUCAAAGCAAGGUAAAAAAAUAAAAUAUAUAAAAAUAUUGGGAUGUUUGUGAAGCAGAUGAGUAUGUAUAUUUGUAGGAGUGUUUAUGCCUGUGCGUUGCGGGGGUGUGAGUUAACAGGCUUUUCACCUAAAACUGUCCCUGGAAAAAUCGAAUGAAUACUACAUUAGCUACAGGGGCCAUAAAGCUUGUCUGUCACUUCUCGCAGUGUGAAAAAGAUAAACAAUUUCAAAUAAAGAAUCCUGCUUU